AUGGGUUCAAACACAGAUGCUCGUGCCCGCAUUCAACAGGCGUACCACGACAUCGGCAACCCCGUCUUCUCUGCCGCUGAGUUCACGCUCAUCAAGGUCUUCAUUGACUACAAGGGCUUCGAUGCCAUCCCGGAUGAGGGUGACAUCUCCGUGGCCGAGUUGGCCGCCAAAAUCGGUGGCACGCAUGAAGUGAUCGACCGUAUGACCACCUUCUUUAUCUCCGGCAAGGUCCUUGCAUCUACAGGCCCUGGCCGCGUCGCUCACACGGAAAGGUCUCGUCUUUACAAGUACGACGAGCCUACCGCCUGGCUCUACAUUCACAUGUUCAACAAUGUGUUCCGCUCCUUCGCCCAGAUGCCAAACUUCUUCGCGAAGCAUGGUUUGGCUUCGCCUCAGAGCGCCAGCGUCACACCUCUUGGCCUUAGCCACGGUUUCGAAAACAGGCCCGCUUACGAGAUCCUCGUUGAAAACAAAGUCGUGCACAAGGGAUUCAAUGAAGCGCUGAAGGCGCUCGGAGUCAUGUACUCACUGAAGGGCAUCUACGAUUUCGGCUGGAUGCGGGAGCCUCUCGGUUCUGGGUCGCGAGCGGCUAUCGUAGAUAUCGGUGGGAGCCACGGUCUCGCCCUGCGCGAUGCAAUCCGCAACAACAAAUUUCUCCCAGCCGAGAGAUGCAUUCUCUUCGAUCUCCCAGAAGUUAUUGAGAAUACCAAGAAAAACGUCGCGAAGGAACAGGACGAGGACCUGCAGAAUAUCCAGAUGAUAAGCGGAAGCAUGUUCGAGCCGUAUCCCAAAAACGUCCAGGGUGCCCUUAUCUACCAGUUCCGCCGGAUCCUCAACGAUUUCCCCGAUGAGGACGUCCUGCGGGCCUUCCAUAAUGUGCGAAAGGCAGUGGCUCCCGACUCACGCAUUCUGAUUAUUGAGGAGAUGCUGAACCCAAAGCGUAUCCCCAUGAAUGUCGGGUUGGACAUCUGUCUUAUGUGCGCUGCCGGGAAGAGGCGAAACGCCGCCAUGUUCAGCGAAUUAGCUGCGCAAGCUGGUUUCAAGCUCAAUGCGGAAUUCCAGCAAAUUGCGUCUGAAUUUGAUGAUUUUGGUGUACUUGAGUUCGUGUUGGCCUGA